AGCAAUCCGCUCGGCAGGUCAGGCGAAGGCUUUGGCUGUGACAGUAUAUGUCAGGAUUAUAGCGCCUCGAAUGUCUGUGUAGAGAUAAGUUGAAAAUAACUGUAAAAAUACAGACACCAAUAAAGGUUGCAUUAAUGAUCUGCUCUCGAGUAGAAAACCAACAUUUUCAGCCUGAAGGAUUUUUUCACUAAAACCUGAUAAAGUAAACAGAAGCCUGCUUUUCUGCUGUAGAUGCCGCCAAGAUUGAAGACGCCGACUGCCUGAUACUUCUGUUUCUGGAGGACUAAAACUUUUCUAAAGUUGUGGAUUGACGCCGUUGACUUUUGCGAUCUUUGAAGUGUUCAGCUCCACCGAAGAUCUGAAUAAAGUUAAGUUAUAUCUCCUAUCCGCACAAUAGCUGUCAAAUGCGCCGGAAGUUGCCCGAUUUGUGACUUUAUAUGAAAAACAAACGGAUAAAGCGAAACGACUAACUGUAUUCCAAUAAUAAGCUGCUAAGCCGGCAGCCGAAGGUUACGGCGGGACCCUGACUGGUUUCAAGUUUCUUCUUCUAUCCGAGGGACUGUCGGCUUUGGCGCUGGACCGGGGAGGAGAGGUGGUGGCCAUUGGUCUAAAAAUACUCGGCAGGUGCCCAUUUAAAAACCGAGCCGUCACUGCCUAGAGGCUCGCCCCGGUGCCGUGUGUGCGCAGUAGGCUCUGUGGCUGUGGCGCAGACGCUGGCUGGGAGGGCUGCUCCUGUUGCAUGGACUGAAAUGGCCUCGGACCUCAGUAUGAACGGAGAAAUGCCCAACAGUCCCCUUGCCAUAGAGUACGUCAAUGAUUUCGACUUAAUGAAGUUCGAGGUCAAGAAAGAACCCCCUGAAUCGGAACGCUACUGCCACCGGUUGCCCCCUGGCUCUUUGUCUUCCACCCCUAUCAGCACCCCGUGCUCCUCCGUGCCUUCCUCGCCCAGCUUUUGCGCGCCUAGCCCCGGGGCACUCUCCAACCCUAACCCAAGCAGUGGCAGCAGCAGCAACAGCAACGUAAGCCAGAACCCGGCCAACAAGCCUCAGCUAGAGGACCUCUAUUGGAUACCCAACUACCAGCACCACAUCAACCCCGAGGCCCUGAACCUGACUCCAGAGGACGCGGUGGAGGCACUCAUCGGCAACCCGCACCACCAUCACCACCAUCAUCAGGGCUACGACGGCUUCAGGGGGCAGCAGUUCGGGGGUGAGGAACUCUCCGCCACAGCUGUCGGCCACCACCAUCAGGUCCACCACCAUCAUCAUCAUCACGCCCAUCACCUGCGCCUUGAGGAGCGCUUCUCGGACGAUCAGCUGGUCAGCAUGACCGUACGGGAGCUCAACCGGCAGCUGCGGGGUUUUAGCAAAGAGGAGGUGAUUCGCCUGAAACAGAAGAGGCGCACCCUGAAGAACCGGGGCUAUGCACAGUCCUGCCGCUUCAAACGCGUCCAACAGAGACACAUGCUAGAGAGCGAGAAAUGUACCCUGCAGAGCCAGGUGGAGCAGCUCAAACAGGACGUGGCUCGGCUGGCCAAGGAACGGGACCUUUACAAAGAGAAGUACGAGAAACUGGCCAGUCGCAGCUUCAGCCGGGAGCAGCCACAGGGCCCCCCUCCCAAAGACUUCUUUAUGUGAGGGCACUUCUCCCUAUGCUCCUCCAACCCCGUUUCUCGAUUUUCUUGUCUUCGUUUUUGCAAUAACUUCUGAAGUUUAUGUAUCCCUAUAACGCUCAGUAACUCGAGAACUUUUCAAACAGUUGUAAAUACACGUUUCUUGUUCCUUUGCUCAAGACGCCAGUCGUGCAUACUUCAGUUGGCCCCAAGUUUUGCACUCAAGUGGAAUUAAAUGCCCUCCCAAACCGCCAAAAAAGCAGGAGGCAAAUCAUGCGAAACGUCCCUUUGUCAGCCCGAAGUCUUAAAUUAUAUCUGGGACUUGCAGCAUGAAUAAAGAAUCGGACAACCAAAUACAACUCACGUGCACGAAUGUCUUAAAGAAAAGCCAACUUUGCAACAGUCUUAAUCCGUGAUGGGACUCGCUUUGAGAAAAAGGACAGUCUUAAGAAAAGAGGAGUGUGCUUAAAUACUUAACAGGACGGCUCGGUGACAAUAAAAAAAAAAACUACAAAGCAAUACGAAGUUCUCACUUACCGCUUCUCCAGGUUAUUUGCGGAAUAUGUCGCUGGUGGACAACGCAGCUCGUACAAAGAGACUCUUGCGGUCGUAUAGACCCAGCAAAACUUCUAAAGACCUUUUUAUCAACCCUGCAUGCAGGACAUGUAUGGUAUUUCAAGUCCUCGUUUUUCUACUUAUAUUACUCACCCCAGGAUCAGACGCAUGGCCCGAUAAUCGAACUUUUUUCAGCUCUUAUUUUUUUUUUUUUUUUAAGUUUGAUUAUGUUGUCUGGUAGUGGCGGAGAGAGACCCGAGAUGGACUGACUCUAAAAACAAGCAGAGAGAAAGAAAGAGAGAGUGGUGGACUUGAAAAUCAGCGACGGAGGAGUGCAAACGGCUAGUUUUCAUUUUCUCUCUCCUACUUUCCUCUUUAAAACUGAGCCAGAUGUUUAUGUCCACUUGUAAAUAUGUAGAAUUAUUUAAGUUAGUAUGUUUUUGAAAAAUUUCUUUUCCCUUGCUUGAUCAUUAAGGUAAAAAAGAAAAAAAAAGUCUUAAUAAUAAUAAAACAUUUGUAUGUAACAGCAUGCAAAUAACAUAUUAUAAUUUAAACGAAGAUGUAGAGUUUAAAAGCCUAAUGCACUAUUCUAAGAUCAUUGUUUCUGUUUUUUUAAUGAAAUUUAACUGGCUAUGCUGUCAAAAAAUGUGGAAGAGGUGGAUAUAUUAACUUAUCAAAGUUGACAUGACAAAUAUAGUAAUAUAUGGACUGCAAUCCGUUUGCUGCUAAUCUCUAUGCAUCAUGAGCCCUUUGUUUUUUAGAUUUUGGUAGUCAUUUGGCCGCAUAUAUCUGAGGUAGAACAGACAUAUCCUCGCUCUGGUUUUCCUUCUGCAAUAUAUUGUAAAGCAGGUAUUUUUAAAGUUCUCUAUGUAACGCCGUGAAAUGAGCGUUGAUGGUGCUCAGAGCUACAGUCAUUCAUUCGGUUACCUUGUAAACCAUAACACUGGCAAGUGAUAAAAGUUGAGCGCAUUUGGAAAAGGUGCGCACGUGCUUGUUUAUCACAACCGAGACAACUUU